AGGGUAGAUAUUGUCAAAAAAAGGUACUGCUAAAGUUGUUCAGGACACAUAAUUUUGUCCUCCAUACUUUUUUUUUUUUCUGUUGUUUGUUUUUCCUCCACUUGAAACAGAAGAGGAAGCUUCAUCUGGAAACUUCUGCAUAAGGUCCUAAAGUUUAGAGGAGGUCUACGCUGAAGGUGGAAGCCAUGGUGUUGAUUUUAGGAAGAAGGCUGAACAGGGAGGACUCUGGGAUCAGAGACUCCCCCGCUGUCAAACGCAAGGUGUUUGAGGUUGAAUCCAAAACUGUGGGCAGCCAGGAUGUCUUGGACUUCUGCUCUGGCUCCUCACACUCAGAGGGCAUCCUGCAGGUAUUCAAUGAGUUUCGUGACUGCCGCCUUUUCACCGAUGUGGUCAUCAGCGUGCAGGGUCGUGAGUUCCCCUGCCACCGCGCUGUGCUCUCUGCCUGCUCCUCCUACUUCAGAGCCAUGUUCUGCAAUGAUCACCGCGAAAGUCGUGAGAUGCUGGUUGAGAUCAAUGGCAUCCUAGCUGAGGCGAUGGACUCCUUCCUCACCUAUGUUUACACCGGCCGUGCCAAGAUCACCACUGAGAAUGUCCAGUUCCUCUUUGAAACCUCCAGCCUCUUCCAGAUCACCACGCUGCGUGAUGCCUGUGCAAAGUUCCUAGAGGACCAACUGGAUCCAUGCAACUGCCUGGGCAUCCAGCGCUUCGCAGAAGCACAUUCUCUGAAGCAGCUUGCCAGCCGCUGCCGUAGUUAUGCCCUGGCCAACUUCUCAGAGGUGGCUCAGCAUGAAGAGUUCCUUGACCUGCACCAAGAAGAGCUUGAAGAGUACAUUAACAGUGAUGAGGUGUCCAUCGGUAAGGAGGAGGUGGUGUUUGAGGCAGUGAUGCGAUGGGUGUACCACAGUGUGGAGCACCGGAGGCCCAUGCUGAAAGCUCUCCUGCACCAUGUUCGCUUGCCCCUUUUGCACCCCAACUACUUUGUCCAGACCGUGGAGGGAGACCAGCUCAUCCAGAACGCUCCAGAGUGCUACCACCUUCUCCACGAGGCCAGACGCUACCACGUGCUGGGGAAUGAGAUGAUGUCACCCAGAACUCGUCCACGUAGGUCGACUGGUUACUCAGAGGUAAUUGUCGUGGUGGGUGGCUGUGAGCGGGUGGGAGGCUUCAACCUGCCCUACACCGAAUGCUACGAUCCAGUCACAGGAGAAUGGAAAUCACUGGCCAAACUACCUGAGUUCACCAAGUCAGAGUAUGCUGUCUGCGCCCUCCGCAAUGACAUUCUGGUGUCAGGUGGUCGUAUCAACAGCAGGGAUGUGUGGAUGUACAACUCCCAGCUCAACCUGUGGAUCAGAGUGGCUUCUCUUAACAAAGGCCGCUGGAGACACAAGAUGGGCGUCCUACUGGGCAAGGUCUAUGCUGUAGGUGGCUAUGAUGGCCAGAGCCGCCUGAGCAGCGUGGAGUGCUACGAUUCCUUCUCCAACCGCUGGACAGAGGUGGCUCCCAUGAAAGAGGCGGUCAGCUCUCCAGCCGUGGCUAGCUGUGCAGGCAAGCUCUUUGUCAUCGGAGGAGGCCCUGACGACGAAACCUGUUCAGACAAGGUCCAGUGCUAUGAUCCAGAGACAGACACCUGGUUGCUACGCGCCAACAUCCCGAUUGCCAAGCGCUGCAUCACAGCAGUGUCACUCAACAACCUGAUCUACGUGUGCGGUGGUCUCACCAAGUCCAUUUUCUGCUACGACCCUGCUGAGGACUACUGGAUGCAUGUGGUUCACACCUUCAACAAACAGGAGAGCUGUGGCAUGUCAGUAUGUAACGGUAAGAUCUUCAUCCUGGGUGGCAGAGGGGAAAGCGGUGAAGCUACAGACACCAUCCUGUGUUACGACCCGUCAACAGGGAUCAUCACAGGAGUGGCAGCCAUGCCGCGACCCAUCUCCUACCACGGCUGUGUAACCAUCCACCGUUACAAUGACAAGUACCACAGACAAUGACCAUAAACACACACACAGAGACACACACACACACACACACACAUGAGAGCACACACUAAAGAACUUUAACUCUUCAAGUGGAACCCAAACACAGCACAAAAACGUACACUUUAUUUUUAUAACAGGCACAUUUAAUAGUUCAGUCCACAUUAGACGUGAGCUUUCCUCACAGCAUCAUGUAGCAAAAACAUUGUGUUGCUGUGAAUCUUUUUUUUUUUUUUUUUUUAAUGUACCACAGUUGUAGUCCUUUUGGGGAAGCAGUUAAAAUGCUAACGACUUGUCUGUAGCCUGUGGAGUCAUAUAGGCACAGUAGAGGAACCUUGUGUUAGUAGUAACGGCACAAAAUGUUGGGAAGCAACGUGUCAGAUGUUGUAGAAUUUUUAAAAAGACUGCAGAUAUUUGGAGAAAAUUUGCGAUAACUUGCUGAAUUACUAAAGGUAAACAUUCUCUAAGAAUAUAAAUAGCAGUUUGAGCUUUGAGCGUGUGAUGGCAUAUUCUUAAAUAAAGGGACACUUACCUUUUCACAGAGAUUUUAACCAAAUCGAUUCAAACUGGAUCGUGGCGAAUGCAGAGGAUGGCAGACUUUGCAAAUGAUAGCAGAUUGACAUUUUAUGGAUUUAAUACUAACUGAAAUGGCUAAAAUCCUUCAGUUUUCAUCAGUAUUUAAUAUUUGUAAGCAGGCCAUGAGUUUGAAAGGUAACUUCCCAACACUGUGCUUUUACUGCUCUGCUAAGUAAUCUAGCUCUGAAAUGUAGGUUGGUGAUGUGUUGAAAUGAUCAUAGACAGCUAUGAGGAACAAAAACAGCGUCUAAAGGACAACGCUGAUCAUAUUCGCACGAAGCCGCGGGUGAGCUGUCAGCAGUGACAGAUAAAUGCCCAGGUUAGAUUGUACCUGCACUCCACGCAGACAUGUUCAUACAACAGAGUACAGCCCAGCACUGGAAACAUGAAAGUACUGUCCUCCAUUUUUUAACUCUUCUCCUUGAUACUAAAAAUGACCCGAUAGAAAUGUGGUAAACAGUCAGCCAGCUGCUCUCCCACACUAUCAGCUGUCACACAUAUGAGUAGCUCUCAGCCUCAACAAAGAGCUGGGAAGAGAUAAGAGAAGAGAAGAGAUAAAGAACAGAGACUGUACAAAAAUAUUGGAAUAUAGCCACUGUAAGCUCUGUCCUUUUGUUUCCUUUUCUCUCACCAAUUACUUCCACUUCUCAUACGCAUUUCCCCUUCACCGCUCCACCUGUGUCAUCACCUCACAUUCGCUGAUCUCCAUUCUACAUCUACAUGUCAUUAAAGCUUUACUUUGAUCCGUUCUAAUUAUUAUCACGACACUCAUUACUGACAUUUUAUUUUUUUAAGUUAUACUUUUUUAUAAUUGGAUUUUUUUUUUAUUGUAUUAUACUUAGUUUUAGUGUGUCUAAUUUCUUAUCAAUGUUAGUUCUUUGGUGUUCUGGGCUUUUGGGUGGUUUUGUAGAUGUGAGAGGCCUUUGUAGAUCAAACUCGAAGACUGCUCUGAAUAAGUGGUGUGCAUGUUUGGUAUGUAUGUAUGUGACUUUUACGACUUGGUCUGGAUGUGUUGGAGCCAAGCAAGUUUAUCAAAGAGCUGUAGUGUAAGCAUUGCACAAGUGCUAACUUCUGUUAACAGAACUCUUCACGCUGAUGCUGGCACCUUUCACCUGUACACUUACAUGUAAAGAUGUAACUCGGGGUAACCAUAGAUACCUCCAGGUGUGUAUGUGUGUAUAUGUGUUUACUGGUCAGCUCAGGUGGUGUGUAGCAGUGCUACACCUCACACAGGGGGGGUUAAGAGUUCUGAAUGACAAGGAUUUUGGAUCGUGUGGCUCAUGGUCAGUAAAAGUCACCUUUUGGUAUUGAUAGACUAGACAAAUUGCUGUGAAUAUAACUUUAAUAUUUUUAAUAUGUUUUCUUUGUUUAACCUGUAUUUAAAUGUAUCUCUUUCUUGGUUGCAUAUCGUGUUUCUGUAACUGAGAGCCCCAAUUGUGCACUUUGACAGAAUCCUGUUAAAUGUAGAAAUAUAUGACAAUGAUUUCCUUUUUUUACUGUAUCAGUAAAUGUUCUUUGCUUUCAUGUGACGUAUAGAAGAGACAGUAAAAGGGCCUGUCAUCUCCUCCUGUUGGCCACUACCUGCUAUGCGCUGAUAUUUAAACAAAAACAACGAUUGCUGCGAGGCAGCAAUGCCAAGAAAGAGAGCUUUGACUUUACAUUUUAGGUGAUGAAGGGGCUCAGUGAGUUUGUCAGACUCUGGCAAUACACAGCAAACUGUAAGAACAGCACCGAUGCUUCCAUCUGUCAGUCACAAUGACAAAAACAGGUUGGGAUACUUGAGCUUAAACCAACCUCCAGGCAUGUGCUUAGUUGAAUGAGUUCAGUAUCAGAUCCUAAACAGUGGUACAUGCUGGAAAGAAAACAUCCCGAGGCCUAGCCGUGCGCCUUGGCAGCGUAGCGUACUCAGAGUAAGUCAGGAGGCCGACAGGAGGAGUGGAGGUGUAAGAAAGUGGUAAGGCAAAAGAGUAGGAGUUAAAUAGUGAGAAAGAGAGAAUCUGAGUGUGUGUGCGUCUGUGAUUUCACUGAGUAUUUACUCAAAAUGGGACACAAAUACUGUCCUGUAGUGCUGAUUUAUUGAUUUUCAUUAUUGGCUUUCAUUUAUUGUUUGCUUUUGAUAAGAUUAUUGUUUUUGUGUCUGGUCUGAUUUGUUGUUUUUUUUUUGUUCGUUUGUUUGUUGUGGUGAGUUGUGGGACUGUGUGUUGCUGUGAUAUUCUGAUUCCAACAUGCCGCAAAUCAAGCCCCGAAGAAGUGACUGUUAAAAGUUAAUUAGCGGAGAUGAAUAUGAAUGGUGAUAUAGGCCAAAGUGGAUUCGAUUCAUUAUGUUGAAAGAUUGCAAAUGUGCCUGCAUGUGAGAUUUAACCUGUUAACUGCUGCCCUAUUCGCCUUAAUAGAAGAAUAAUGAGUGGCCAAUUAAAUCAAAUCAUUUUGAUAUUAAUCUUUAUUAUUGUAUGUAUGAUGAGACAUUUUAACGCCACUUUCUCCUCUUUGUCAAACUGCGGGAAAGCUUUGGAUUUUUGUAAAGCGCAGUAUGUGGAAGUGUAAUGUUUGACUUGUGUAAAAGACACAUCAAUAAAGUUUUUCUUGUACCAA